AUGGGGAAUAAAAAAGAAGAAAAUAAAAACCGAAUUUCAUUAGGUUUCUUUCUUUCUUUCUUUCUUUCUUUCUUUCUUUCUUUCUUUCUUUCUUUCUUUCUUUCUUUUCGUGCCGGGAUCCCCGUAUCUUUGUUGGUCGUACGCAAUUCACCAACCGCUGCCAUCCCUUGCCUCGUCCCUCUCUCCACCAUCACUACCACAACUUCUCUCACACCCACUUUCUGUUCCCUCCCUUCUGUUUUCUCUUAUUCUAUCUGCUUCUUCUUCUUCUUCUUCUUCUUCUUCUUCUUCUUCUUCUUCUUCUUCUUCUUCCCUAUCUCGUUCUAUUUUAAACUUUAUUCUUUCUUUCAUUUGCUAUCUCCUCUUCUUUCCUUCAUUGCUUUUAACUCUUUAUUCUUUCUUUUUUUUCUUUCUUUCUUACUACCUUACUUUUAUUAUUUUCUUUCUUUCCUUCUUUCUUUAUUUUUAUUUUUUCAUUUUUUCUUCGUUGUCCCUUUUUCUUUCUUUCUUUCUUUCUUUCUUUCUUUCUUUCUUUUAUCUUUCUUAUCUAUUUUUUGUCUUUCUUUCUUUCUUUCUUUCUGUUUUUAUUUUCUUUUUUCAUUAUUUUCUACAUGUCCUUUUUACUUCCUAACUGUUUCUUUCUUUCUUUUUUCUUUUUAUUUUCUUCCUUUCUUUCUUUCUUUCUUUCUUUUCUUUCUUUCUUUCUUUCUUUCUUUCUUUCUUUCCAUUUUAUUUGUCUUUCUCCUAUUUUCGAGACCCACCCACGUCAUCACCCUCCCUCCUUUUCCCUCUUUUCUAUUAUCUAAGACAUUUCUUCUCAGUGAUCAUUUCGCCUCCUUCUCCUCAUCAGCCAAUUCGCCCCUGACGUCCCAACCCCACGCACCUGAGCCAGACAACACAGGCCCAGAUAGAAUCACAUACACGCCAAUAUUUACGACGUAUGACAAUCCAUUUUCCUCUGCGACUGAUUGCCGUCUACAAACCUCGACUUCUUUACAAAUAAUCCGCUUCCCUCUCUUUUCUUUUCUUUUUACUUUUUGUUUGUUUGUUUGUCUGUCUGUUUGUUCUUUCUUUCUCUUUCUUUCCUUCUUUCUUGCACCUUCACUUGAGAAACAUUUCCUUAUAAUUUCUCUCAGUUUUUUUACUUUUUUUCUUUCUUCGCACUUUUGUUCUUCCUCGUUUUCUUUUUAUUUCUUUAAGUCUUCUUUUUCUUUCUUUCGUUAUUUCGGUCAUUUUUCUUUCUUUUGUUUUUUUUUUUUUCAUCUCUAUCAUUUUAUUUUAUUUUCUAUUUUUCAUCUUUUUUCAUUCGUUCCUCAUUUUACUUCCAAAUUUUCUUCCUGUUUCUUUUCUUUUUUCAUAAUUCUUUACUUUUCCAUUUUCCAUCUUUUUUCGUUUCUACCCAUUCUUGCAUUUUUCUCAUUUCUUUCUUUCUUUAUUUCUUUCUUUCUUUCUUUCUUUCUUUCUUUCUUCGUUUUCUUCUUUCAUUUUUUUACUUCUUACUCUCGAAUUUUGCUCCGAUUUUUCUUUUGUCCUUUCUUUUUUUUUACACUAAUUUUUUCUUCACUGAAAUUCAGCUCUUUGUUCCUUUUGUUAAUUUUUUUAUCUAUCUAUCUAUCUAUCUAUCUAUCUAUCUAUCUAUCUAUCUAUCUAUCUAAGUCUGUUCAUCUAUCGCAGUCUGUUCAUCUAUCUAUCUAUCUAUCUAUCUAUCUCUUAAAUUUUCUCCCUUUUCUUUCUUUCUUUCUUUCUUUCUUUCUUUCUUUCUUUCUUUCUUUGCUUUCACUCUCAUUCUGUCCAUUCUUUCUGUCUUUUUGGCCCUCCUACUGCAUCUCUUUGGCGUUUCUUUUUGUCUUCUUUCAAAUUCAUUUUUUUCUUUCUUUUUACCGUCUUUCAUUACUUGGUCAUUCUCUCUUCUCUAUCUCUCUCUCUCUCUCUCUUUCCACCUUAUCUUUGCCUUUUUCUUUACCCCUUGUUUAUUGCCCUCUAUUUAAUCUUAUUUAUUUCUCUCACUUUCUUUCAUUCUAUUUCUUUUUUCGUUUUAGUUUCUCUCUCUCUCUCUCUCUGUCACUCACUCACUUACUCACUUACUCACUCUUUCCAUUUGUUUUCUUUUCUAUUCCUUUCUUUCUUGUUCCAAUUCUCUACCAUUUCGUUCAUUUUCCUUUAACGAUAUUUUGA